AUGGCCUCUGGCGCGCCGCCGCCCUCCGUCGCCGUGGCCGUCCGCCCCGGCGGCAGCGCGAGCCGCCGCGCCGCGCGGUGGGCGGCGGCCAGCCUCCUAGGCGACGACAGCGCAGGCCCCGCCGUCUCCAUCGCCUUCGUUCACGUCAUCCCCGCCCUCGCAUUCGUCCCCUCCCCGUCCGGGGAGCGGAUGCCGGUGGCGCAGGUGGAGCGCGAGGUGGCGGAGGCGUACACCCGUGACCGGCACGCGCUCGUGCAGGAGGCGCUGCUCCCGUUCCGCCUCCUCGCCAAGGCGAAUGUGGAGACGGUGGUGGUGGAAGGCGACGGCGUGGCGGAGACGCUCGUGCGGUACGCGGCGGAGUCCGGCGUACGGAGCCUGGUGCUAGGCUCGGGCUCCUUCCGCUGGUUCCACAGGGUGAUGGGUAGUCCUGAUGUACCCACCGCUGUCCUGAAAACUACGCAAAAUUCAUGCAAUGUAUUUGUUGUGUGCAAGCGAAGAUUAAUCGUGAAAGUUGCAGGACAUCCUCAAGCAGGCAUGUCUGGCACAAACUUAAGCAUUCAAUCAAUUACUCACAAAGCGUUUGCAGAAACGCAGAUGAGCUUGUUGUUUGACAGUUCUACAGAGGCUGAGACGCUCUCAGUAUCAUCAUGCUCACAGGCCCGUUGCUCGUAUAGUGCUAGUUCAGAUGCAAGUGCAGGUUCAGAAAGCAGUGUACUAGUCCACAUAAUAAGCGGAGAUGCAGUGCAAGCAGGAACAGAUGUAAAUCAAAGCUAUGGUUCUCAUAGCCUUUUGAAGAAAGUUUCUUAUGCUGCCUCGAACUCAAGUGAUGAGUGUCAAUCUAUAGAUGAAGUAGAAAAGCUGAGGAAGGAAUUGAAGGAAACCUUGGUAAUGUAUGAUAAAGCCUGCGAUGAUCUUGUCCAUGCUAAGAAAAAGAUUCAGGUACUUUCUGACGAGUGUUCUGAAGAAGCAAGGAAGGUGGAGAAUGCGUUACGCAAGGAGAAAAUUCUGAAGCAAGUAGCAGCACAUGAGAAAGCAAAACAUUUGGAAGCCAUUAAAGAAGUCGAGCAAGCAAAAAGAUCAUUCACCAGGGAGGCCUACUCUAAGCAUAAGGCUGAAAUGGUAGGUUCCAUAAUUUCUCUCGAUAAGGAGAAAAUUGUAGAUGCUAUUCUGUCAACAAGCAAAAAUUGCAGGCGGUACUCAAAACAUGAAAUAGAACUUGCCACUGAUAACUUCUCCAAAGCAAGGAAGAUCGGUGAAGGAGGCUAUGGGAAUGUGUAUAGGUGCACCCUUGAUCACAUUGAAGUAGCUGUCAAGAGCAUUCAGCAGGAUUCCACCGACAAAACUGACGAGUUCUUGAAGGAGGUUGAGAUUCUAAGCCAACUUCACCAUCCCAACUUGGUUUUAUUAAUUGGUUUCUGCCCUGAAAUCGGCUGUCUUGUGUAUGAAUACUUGGAGAAUGGAAGCCUAGAAGAUCAACUUCUUGACAAGAAAAGGCAUGAACCACUGCAUUGGUUCCUCCGGUUUCGUAUCAUCUUUGAAGUGUCCUGUGGGCUUGCUUUCUUGCAUGGAAGGAAGCCAGAGCCUAUAGUCCACCGUGACCUGAAACCUGCAAACAUCCUGUUGGACAAGAACUACGUGGGUAAAAUCGGCGAUGCUGGUUUCGCAAAGCUCAUAUCUGAUCCGGUCCCUGACUGGCAAACCGAAUACACAGAUACCAUUAUUGCUGGUACCAUGCACUACAUGGAUCCUGAGUACCAGCAAACCGGGACUGUUCGGCCGAAAUCAGAUCUGUUCGGUCUUGGAGUCAUCAUUCUUCAGAUGCUAACUGGCAAGCGCCCAAGCGGGCUCAUUGCAAGCGUAGAAAACGCUGUCAAAAGCAGGUCACUUCAAUAUAUCCUCGACAAAUCUCAAACUGAUUGGCCAGUCGCCGAGGCGGAAAUGUUGGCAAAGCUCGGUUUGCGGUGCACUGCUCUGAAAUGCAGGGAUAGGCCUGAUCUUGAGUCAGAGGUGCUGCCGGAGCUGGAGGAAAUCCUGCACAGGGCUGCCUCCAUUGUCAACAAGAGAAGUCUAAACUCACGAGCACCAACCCACUUCAUCUGCCCCAUAACACAGGGGUUGAUGGAUGAUCCCUAUGUCGCUGCUGAUGGACACACCUAUGAGCAUCAUGCCAUCGAAGAUUGGCUCAGGAAACACAGUGUGUCGCCGAUCACGAGGUGCAAGCUUUCGAAUUUGUCCAUAAUCCCAAACCAUUCACUGCACGCCGCGAUACAGCAGUGGAAGAAGUCACAGCCAGCUCAGACGCAGCCUUGGAGAUGAGUGUUGCGGCUAUGUCCAUGUAUGAUGUAAUUGCUUUAUUUGUUAUUCAUUAGAUUCAACAACCCAUAAGUGAUAUAGGGGUUGUAUGAUCCUUCAACCUCCAAAGUACAGAAACUAAAUCAUGCAGAGUAUGUAGUUUUUUGUAGGCUAGUUUUUUUUUUUUUUUGGGGUCCUGUUAUUGAACAAUCUGGAUAGCAGUUGGCUGUUCGGCAUCCAACAUACUGACAGAAUCAGUAUUUUUCUACAAGAGACAGGUCCAUUAUUGAUAUAAACAAAUCAAUUCAUGAGAGAAGUCCAUCUCAGAUUUGCCUGUA